AGAGCAGAGCCCAAAAGGGUUUAAUCGAUCUGUCGAGGGAGGAACACCGAGCGGAGCGGAGCGGAGCGGAGAGGCAAUGCUGAUGGGUGCCCUGCGCACCGACCAGGUCCUGAAGGACAGCAAGGCCUCCGACGCCGCCUCCGUUUCCUCUCUCAAGCUCAACCACAAAGCUCUUUCCAACGUUUCGUGCCUGAGGGACUUCAGGAACCUGCAGAGGCUCGAUCUAGGGUUCAACAGUCUCACAUCUCUUGAGGAUUUGAAGCCCUGCGUGAACCUCAAGUGGCUUUCUGUGGUUCAGAACAAGCUCAAGACCUUGAAAGGAGUCGAAGCACUCUUCAACCUCACCGUGCUGAAUGCUGGGAAAAACAAGCUUACCUCAAUGGAUGAGGUUCAGUCUCUUGUAGGCCUUCGUGCAUUGAUUUUGAACGACAAUGAGAUCACUUCCAUUUGUAAGCUUGAUCAGAUAAAAGAACUGAACACUCUUGUUCUCUCUAGGAAUCCAAUCACUAAUAUCGGCAACUCUCUCCUCAAGGUGAAAUCCCUCACAAAGGUCUCUCUAUCAAAUUGCCAACUCGAAGCCAUUGACUCUUCACUCAAAUCAUGUGUUGAGCUAAAAGAACUGAGGCUAGCUCACAACAACAUCAAGACUCUACCAGCUGAAUUGGCUAAGAAUAUGAAACUGCAAAACUUGGACUUGGGAAAUAAUUUGAUCACAAGAUGGUCUGACGUGAAGGUACUGAAAUCAUUAGUAAACCUAAGAAACCUCAAUUUACAAGGGAACCCAAUUGCAGAGAAUGAGAAAUUGGCGAAGAAGAUCAGGAAGGCUCUGCCAAAUCUGCAGAUAUUCAAUGCCAAGCCUGUCAAUAGGGGCUCCAAGAAUGAGGAGCGUAAUAUUGAAGCUGUUGAUGAUUUCUCAUUCAAUCAAGAUGUCAAAGAGGUUAAACAAAAGGAUAGUGUCCAGGGGAAAGCAAAACUAAAAGAGCAAUCACUCGCUAAGGAGAAAAAGAGUAAAAGUGGUGAUGGAGCUGAGGGUUAUAUUCUAGAGAAGGAUCGUAAGAGGAAACGACAGAAAUCACAAGAUGAUUUGCCGAAGAAAGACAGUCAAGCCGCCGGAGGGGGUGAUGAGCCAGUGGAGAAGAAAGAGAAAAGGAAGUCGAAGGGAAAGGUUUAUAGCGAGAUCGAUGUCAUUGAUGAUCCAGAAGCUGCGUUUUCGGAGCUUUUCCAAGCGGAAGGCGGAGAUGAUGAUGAUGAUAGGGGAGGUACGAAGGAAGAGGUGAUCAACAAAAAUGUCAAAAAAUCAAGCUUCGCAGGCGAAUCGGUUAGUUUCCCCCCCAAAAAGAAGAAAUCCAAGAAGAUGAGCUUCGACCCCUCUGUGCUUGGAUCUUCCACAAUUGAAGUCGGGAUGGGCGGACCCUCAAGUUGGGACGAUUGAACAGAGACUUGUUCAUCACAAGUAUCAUAUACAGCCAUAGGCCAUAGCAAAUGGUGAAUGCUGAAACAGGACCUCUCGACUGCUUUUGCCCACGAAGUUUACAUCGGGAAAAUGUUGUUGUAAAGUGAAACGUUGCAAUCUUGCUCGGUUUUUUGAGAAAACAAGACUGGAUUUUCCGUUAACGAUCGGGACCAUGGGAACAUAGAAUUUUGGGAAUGCCGAUGUGGACGGCUAGUUUCUCCGUUCGAAUUAUCAAAUUAAGCGUUAGUUGUUAAAUACAUGUUCGAAUUAUUUGUGAA